GAUGUUAUAAUCGAUUUGAGUUCCAAACAAUAAACAACCAAUUUUUUAAAAUUCAAAUUUGGAAUUCCUGUGGCACCCCCCGUGUAAGACGGACAACAAAUCAAGAUGGACAUCUUCGAGAGCUUUUGCCGGACGUGCGGCAACGAGUGCCUGGAGUCACUAGGCAUCUACGAAGAGAGCGUCCGGGCGCUGGACAAGAUGGUUCCCAUCGCGGAGAUGCUGGCGGCCUGUCUGCCAGCUUCCCUGCCGCCCCUGGACCAAUCCGACGACUAUCCCAAGCAGAUUUGCCGCAUCUGCGUGAGGAAGCUCUCAAUGGCCUACGAGUUUAGCCACCAGUGGCUGGGCGCCCACAGCGAGUUCAACGUGGCCCUGAAGUUCGAGCAGCGCAGGAAGCGCAGCUUGGCCAGCAGAAACCAGUCCCAGACCACAACACCAUCCCACCAAGCCAAGCCGAAGGAUGUCCAGCUGCCCAUCGAGAUGGCGGAGCCAGUGAUCCCGAAAAUCGAGCCGGGAGUGGCACCUGAACCUGCUACCGUGGAGACGAAGACCAACAGCGACCCCCGGCUUGGUUUCAAGUGCGGCAUCUGCAACGAAACUUUUCACACAGAGAAGGCCUGCAAGUUCCACUUUAAAUUCUCGCACAAGGAUCUUUAGUCCACCUAUGGACCUAAUCAUUUUACUAUUAGUUAUCUUGCCCACUAACUGCACGACUAGAUAGCUACCAUUAAAUGUAUGAAUUUACAUUUUUUAAUUGCAUGCAAAUUAUUUGUUUUCAGUUAAGACAGUCUUGUGUGAAAUGACCAGAUAUUAUUGUAAGCCAUAUCCCUUUAAGAUUAACCAUGUUUCAUGUUGUACAUUUAGAUAUCUGUAUUGGAUAGCUAUAAAUAAAUUGCAUUUUAAAGAAA